GAAAGACACGCUCGGAGGCAAAUAAGGCUCAAGUCGCAUGCUUCUUUGAGCUAAAGUCUAGCAAUAUCGGUGCUAUCAUCGGGGGGCAGGCAAAGAAGAGCUACGUUGUUAGUGAGAGCUCUGGAUGCCUCGACCUUUCUGAGGCAACCGAGAAGUACUCUCUUUCGCGAACACACUUCAACAUGAACAAGUUCGGCCGACCUACCGAGGAAGACUUUCAGACAGUAUCUGAAGUUAUCAAGAGGAUGGCGGAGGUUGCUCCAGCUAUAGUCCUAGCAAGGUCCCAAUGUAGUUAGCCCCUUUCAUAGUGAACCCUCUCUACAACGAUGCGCAUUUUCCAAUGCGCUAACAUUUACUUUACAGAUCAGGAUCGCCACAAAGUGCCAUUCACCCUAAAGGGUGUUCCCGUCGUGAACCACUUUAUUGGACGUAGCGAUGAAAUGCGCCAACUUGAGCAACAUCUCCUUCCCGAACCGCUGAAGCCAAUGCGUCGUAAGGUUUUUGUCUUAUAUGGACUCGGCGGGAUAGGUAAAACUCAGCUAUCAGUUGAGUUUGCCCGCAAACACCAUGACCGUUAUAGUGCAGCGCUCUGGCUCGACGGAAGUUCAAAUGACCAACUAAAAGGGUCCUUUGUAAGAGUUGCAAGAAGGUUACCAGCAGAUGAACUGACGCCAAAUGUUAGUGUAAGCCUGCAAACUUCUAACGUUGAUGCCGACGUUGUGGUAGAAGACGUUCGUCGAUGGCUAUCACUACCGUCAAAUAGGAACUGGCUUCUAAUUAUCGAUAACGUUGACCGAGACCUUGGAUCUAGGGAUCCGCAAGCGUAUGAUAUCCAAAAGUAUCUACCUGAAGCAGAUCAUGGAUCCACCAUAAUUACGACUCGCCUGGCCGGCCUACAACGAUACGGAUUAGGACUUAAAGUCAACAAGGUCGAUCCCGAAGAAGCAAGAGCUAUCUUAGAGGAGAAUGCUAAGAAGUCCGUCGAAGAUGCCAAGCUGAUUGUCCAACGACUAGACGGAUUACCUCUUGCUCUCGCACAGGCUGGUUCGUUCCUGCAGCAGACUAACAUGGCUGUACGCACCUAUGUCGAGCACUAUGAUAUUACCUGGAAGGAACUCUCAGAGCAGGAAAGUCAGUUCCCACUACAAGAGUAUACCGAUCGUAACAUCUUAACGACAUGGACCCUAUCGUACGAGCAAGUCAAAAAGCAGAGCGAAGAAGCGGCAGGCCUAUUACGACUAUGGGGGUUCCUUGACCACCAAGAUCUAUGGUAUGAGCUGAUUGCAUUCGAAAAAAACCUAGUGGAUGAUAUCAUUGUGCCUGAAUGGCUCUUUAAACUUUCAGCUACCGCACUAAAGUUUUCGGGCACUGUGGGCCUUUUAUCACGCUACUCACUUGUAGACCAUGGACAGCAAACAUCAAGCCACUCCAUGCAUGCCGUCUUGCAUGAAUGGUGCUAUCAUCUAUCGACAGAGAGCGAAAGGUCAAUGUUAUUGUGUGUAACUCUAAGCCUCAUAGCAAAGAGGGUGCCGUUGGAUAAAGAGGCCGAGUACUGGAAGCUACAGAGACGCCUCUUACCCCACGGUAUCCGAGCAUGCCAACUUGCAGGCUUCGGUCUAGGAGAGCAACACUAUAUAGAUAUGGGGUUAGAGGUUCCACCAUGGGCCUUUCAUAGUUUAGGUGUUCUCUACGCAGACCAGGGCAAGCUAGACCAGGCCGAGGAGAUGUACGAGCGGGCUCUUAAGGGGAGAGAGAAAACGCUCGGUCCA